ACAGCCCAUUCAGUCAUGCAUUGCAAACGGAGAUUGGUGGUGCUCAUCGUGGGUUUACUCCUAGUGCAGGUGAAGUCGCAUCCGCAGGCAGAUCCCUGCCAGAAUUUCUAUGGAGUGGCCUGCGGCAAUUGGUCCUCCAUUCAUGCGAGCGAUUCGUACCAGAGUGUCCUGGGCCAGCUGGACUACAAUUACCAGGCCAAGUUGGCCGACCUGCUGGAUACUGACAGAGGGGAAGAUGAGCCGCACUCUGUGCAGCAGCUGCGCUACUUUUACACCGCCUGCCGACGUCCUUUGAGCCAGGAUCAGGUACUGCGGAGCCUGGAGCAGCUGAUCGCAUUGGAGCACAUCCAAUUUGAAGAGAUGACAGUGGGCCUGACCGCCGCCUUUCGUCUGGAAGUGAUCGCAAAUAUAAACCACUACAAUAAGUAUGAAAUAUGGAAGCUGUUGCUGGCCCGCCAGGAGCAUUGGGAUCCAAAUACGACGAAUAGGGAGUCCCUAACUCGCGAUCAGUUCGAUGAGUUAUGGGUGAGGAUGCCGAAAAUACCCUUUCCGGAAAAGGAAGACUUCUGGUACCAGGUGAGCCAGCUGGAAGCCGAACUUACGAGCAUUGGGAGCGAGAAGGAUGAAGUUCCGCGCGAUGAGCUAGUUACCUGGAUACCAAGCUUUUGGAUGCUGCCCUGGCCAAAUCGGUAUCUCACCUACAGAGAUCUCUACUCGGUGGCCCGUUUGCUGGCGCUAAGAACGCCCCAGUUUAUGCUCACAUACAUGUAUCUGAGACUGAAGCUACUUCCAGAGGGACUCUCGAAGGACUCCUGGCUGAUGGAUCGCGACCAGUGCGCCGAGCAGUCCAGACAGAUCCUCAGCCAUCCCGCUGUGUGGUUGAUAGAGCAGAACCAUCCCAGGCUGCAGGAGGAGCCGAUGUUGCUGGACAUUUUCGAGGAGCUGAAGCAGCGCUUUGGCCAGAAGCUGCGGGCGAACAGGAAUAACUUCACACGCCGCACACAGCAGUUCCUUGUGCGCAAACUGAAGAGGAUGCGGCUGCGAUUGAGCAUCCUGCCCAGAAACGCGUCGGCACUGAACAUGGGGCAGCUCAUCGAUGGGCACUACAGGCACGUGCACAUGAAUGCCAGUGAUUAUUUUGGCAAUCUGUACAUCGGCCUCAAUCACUCCAGACCGCAGUUCAACACGUUGGCAUCAAGCCGAUCCCCCAGAAGCGUUUUGUUGCCCAUUCAAAUGCACGAGUACGGCACCUUUGCCUCGCCGUUCUACAUCACCGAAAAGAAUAUGCUGAUUGUGCCACUAUCGCUCCUCGAACCGCCGCUCUACGCACACGAUCAGCCGCCAAUACUAACCUACAGUUCACUGGGCUUUAUCCUGGCUCAUGAGCUCUCCCACGGCUUCGAUUCCGAGGGCGUGACCUACUCCGCCGACGGAGUGGCGAGUCGCGCCGUUUACAGGGAGAUCGGACGGAAUCCGCGGUUUCAGCACGAGGUCAGCUGUCUGGACAGGAAGUUCGGGAGCAGAAGGUACGAGAAGUUCGCGGACGCCAGUGGCCUGGAGUUGGCCUAUUCCGCCUACUUUGAUACCGCACAAACGGAUCGGAAACGGCAUCGAAGUACCGACAAUUUGUUGUCGCAGCAGCAGCAGUUCUUCCUCAACUUUGCCCGGUUCUUCUGCUCCGAUGGCGAGCUUUCGGAGGAGAGCGAUCAUGGCAGCGAUAGGAAGAGGGUCAACGAUGCCGUUGCCCACUUCAAACCCUUUCGGGAGGCCUUCCACUGUGGCACCUCGCACAGGCGACGGCACUGUCGAUUGUUUUAAUAGAUUCCUGAGUCAACGAACUCAUAAACCGAGUGAUAAAUAAACUAGAAUUUAUUCCCCUAAAA